AUGAGGGCUCCUGAUCCAAGGAUGAAGAAAGUAGAGAUCACUGGGUUGGAGACGCUUCGAUUCGAAGGAGUGCAAAAGGAAUCGCUGAACAAGAAAUCUCGCGGUGAAAGAAACGACUUCAAGAAGUCCCAUUCAUUAGCUGAUAAUUCAAACAAGAAGAAAUUCAUUAACUUGAGCGUGAGCGUAGAGGAGGAGGAUGCGGGAUCGAUCUAUUCCGUACUCCCGUCUCUGCCACUUGUGAAUAGCAUGACGGAAGCGGAUCUUCGAUUUGAAAUGAAGAUUCGGAACCCUACAGUCGACACUACUGGGAAAACCAGGCAAUGGCUCUUGGACAAGUUAAAACUUGGAACAGUAUCCAUUUUGAAGGCUCGAGAGCAGGUUGGUCGCGACAGAUUGCUCAAGGUGCCUCAGGUUGGGCCAUCCUUGACUGUCGAACAUUUGCGCCGCGAGUUCUUCCAUCGUUUCCCCGGAAAGCAGAAACUCGGGCGAGGCAAAUGGAAGGAUUGGUUCAUUAUUCAGCUAGGCGUAGGAUCUCUCUGUUUGGCACCACCGGAGGAAAAAUUGAAACGCAUCACAAGGGCGCCGUGGUCGCCUCAAGGGAGCACAAGCAACACGGUAUCUACGUGCCUUAGUGAAUCUACGUUCCCUACGCUGUCGACCUGCACAAUUCCUACUUUUUCUUCGGAUGAAGGCGAACCCAAAGUGACUCCAUUCGAUACAAAUACCAACAAAAUGGUACCCGAUGUCAGUCAAGAUGGCACUGCUUCUGUGGCGGACAGCGCUAAGAGUCGACAAAAAAUUCACUCCAACAAGAACAGAUACAUCAAAGCAUUCAAAGUGGCGAGGCAAACGGCCCAAGAGAAAGAAGCCAAACAUUCAAUGAUGCAGGUAGAGCCUGGAAAUACUAGUAAAGCAAACACCGAGCCCGCUCCAAAGCCUUUUGAGAUUGGAGCCGCCAAAAAGCUUCAAUCCAACAAAUUUGGACAACUAACAGACACAGCGAAAGAGACACCAUACAAGAUACCCUAUUUGAAUGAAACGAUUGAAGCAAAAGCAAACCCAGCUGGAUAUUCCGAACCUCCAAAAACACCAGUGACGCCUUCCAACUUCAAGCAGCAAAGCAGCGAAACUCCACGAUCCAGACGACGCAACAUGGGAACGACGAGAGAAAGAUACUUCAAAUCCUCCAGAGCGUCAAGAAUGACCUCCUGUAACGGUACCGGUAGCGGUGAAUCGCAGGCUAUGAUGGGUGACCUGCGUAAAGCCAUGGUUGAAGUGGAGAAAAAGAUUGAAUCUCAAAAACAGCAACAAGAAUCAGCGCCAACAGAACCGACUAGAGCUGCCAAGUCGAGCUCAGGAAAAAGGCAAAAGUAUUUCAACGCGACCAAAUCCUCAAGGUCGAAGAGGAGCUCAUUCGGUGGUGGUGAAUCUGAGGCUCUUCAAGAGAGUUUGAAAAGAGCAGUCGAAGUAGAAAAGGAAAUCAACCAGAGGAAGGAGGAGGGUUGCAACUUGCAAGACCCAACAAAGAAGGCACCGUCAUCCAGGGAAGCUCUUGAAGAAGCCAGAAAACCAGCAGAGAAAGGUUCUUCCCGAUGGAUGAACAACGUGAAGCGGGCACGUAAACUUGCCCGUAACAGUGUUGGUUAG